AUGCCUGAUCCAGACCUGAAACCCCCGCCGUGUAUCCAGACCACGACAUCAGCGUUCAACAUGACGAAGGAAUACCAGCAACCUUUGCGAGUAAAGUCCCAUCAGCCUACUGUAUCUGUCAGAGAAGGCGUCCUGGUGGGUACUACUGAGACUUUCCAGGAGUCCCAGUUCAUCCACGUGAACAAGACCAUCGAUGUCUUCAAGGGGGUACCGUUCGCUGAGCCGCCUGUGGGCCAGCUGCGAUUCAGGCCUCCAGUGGCUAAGGGGCCGUGGGACGGUACGUACGACGCCACGUACUUCAGAGACGCCUGCGUGCAAGAUCCAUCGCAAGGAAUUGGUGCACAACAAGGGGGCGCUGCGGUAAUGGUUUGGAUACACGGUGGUGGUUUCACAACUGGAUCAGGCAUUCUUCCAGUCUAUGAUGGGCAAGCGUUAGUUGCCUUGGGUGACGUCAUCGUUGUCACUAUCAAUUAUCGCCUGAACGCUUUUGGCUUUCUAACAACAGGCGAUGAAGCUUUACCGGGAAAUCUUGGACUCAUGGAUCAAGUGCUUGCAUUGAAAUGGAUUAAGGAGAACAUUGGUGCUUUCGGCGGGGACAGCGACAAUAUCACCAUCUUUGGUGAAAGUGCUGGAUCUGCUAGUGUCCAUUUCCACAUUCUAUCUGCACACUCGAAAGGUCUGUUCAACCGAGGGGUAAUGCAGAGCGGUACAUUGUUUGCACCAUGGGCGUAUUCUGACGACAAGGACAUGCUCCGUAAGCAGGCGUUUGACAUAGGGGAGAAGGUUGGCUGUAGCACUGCAGAGAGCGAGGCUCUUGUGAAUUGCCUGUUAGACAAGAACGCAUCAGAUCUCUACGUGGCAUCAGAUCCGGUAAAAUGUGGCUUGGAAGAACCAUUCGUUAUCAGUGUGCCUCUUUUAGGCUAUUAACACCUUGUGAAUUGAUAAAGUUGAUAUAAAUGUCCAAAUAAGUAACCUUUCUAAUUUGUCUAAUUUUCACUAUCAAAAUUAUCACCCCUGAAAACGAAACUGUUUGGUGUGUGCAACAUGUUCACAAGUGUGAUUCACCAUGCAUCGAAAUAUUCUGUGAUAUCUAAGGGAUUAUUUAGUUAUUAGAUUAUUUAGAGUUACGUGUAC